AUGUGGAUUAUCUCAUUCUGGGUGUUUCCUCUCAUUUCAGCUGGCAUGUGGGUUGCCAUGCUGAUCGCGAUGCUCGGGACUUGGGUGCACGAUGGGAAACCAGUCUACCCGAGUAUGGACCAAGGUCAGACCAUUGCAUACAUCUCCGAUGUGGGCGCAUUUGGUCUCAAACCUCUCUUCAUCACCGGCAGCGUCAUCACUGUCGUCUUUCUGGAUCUCGCAUUCCUAUCCGAGCGAUGGCUGCGUCACGCGGGUCAAUUGGUCCCAAACAAGGGCCUCUUUGAUAAGCUCUGUGCUAUUGGAUCCAUCAUCUUCUCGAUCGCCGGUGCCGCGGGCUUGAUCUUGCUUUCGAUCUUUGAUACCUAUCGCCAUCCACAUCUGCACGAUGGAUUCCUGAUCCUGUUCCUUGGCGGAUACAUCGUCAGCGCAAUUCUCAUCUGCGCCGAAUACCUCCGUCUCGGACUCUCCUACCGCCGCCAGCACCGCAUUCUCCUCGCCAGUUUCGUCGUGAAAGUGACCUUUGCCAUUAUCGAAAUCGGUCUGGCCAUCGCCUUUGGUAUCUGCACUAAGAGCCAGUCCUCCAGCAAGAAGAACACCGGUGCCAUCCUCGAGUGGACCAUUGCCUUUAUCUUCACGGGCUAUGUCCUCUCCUUUAUAAUUGAUCUGUUGCCAUCUGUUCGUACUCGCAAGCAUGUGCCUCAAGGCGAGAAGCAAGCGAGUAUGAUGAGUACUCCGCACGACAGCAUGGAUAUUCCUCACCACCAUGCCUCCCUCGAGGAGCCCUUGACGACGGACUCGACUGGACCGAAUUAUUAUCGCGGUCAGCGAGUUCAAGUCUAA